AUGCAUGUUGGAAAUUGGUUCGCCAAAUUUAAUUCUAACGAACGUUCGCUAUUUAGUCCGACCGCCUGUCAGGCAUGCAUACAGCGUAGUACAGUACGAAGCGAAGCGACGCACGGCUCAGUGCCUCAGUGGCCCCAUGCAGCGCAAGACAAGUCUCCGGAAAGCGACGGCAGAAAAGGUAAGGGAUUUUCAGCUACUACGCUCCAAAGGAACAAUCCCCCGGAUUGGUCGGGCUCCUCUAUCGGUCUAUCCGCUUCAUUUUAUCCAUCAUCGACGGCAGUCGUGCGAUGGCGCCAUUGUGUGGCUUCCGGCCGCCGAGGCCACUGUGGAAGGGCGGAAGGCAGCCGCGGCUCGAGCGCGAUCCAGAAGCCGGCGCACCUGCGUCACUCGCUCUCCCGCACUGCCGCGAUCUCCUCUGACGUCGACGUCGCUCGGGAUGACACAGAGGGAAGGGGUGGAGCGGGAGAGGUGAACAGGCUGCUCGGUGACUAUUGUGAGGGCCGCCAGAUGGAGGAGAGCCGGCUCGACACGCCGGCGAUGAGGAGAAUCAGUGACUGGAUAAUGUCACAAGAAUUCCCAAGCGAUAUAACCAUCCAGGUUGGGGAGGCGACCUUCAACUUACACAGGCUCCCGUUGGCAUCGAGGUGCGGCUACAUAAGGAAGCAGGUGUCGGGGAUCAAUGGCUCCAGGGUCACCCACAUCGACCUUACGGGCAUGCCGGGCGGCGCCGCGGCGUUCGAGCUCGUCACCAAGUUCUGCUACGGCGAGAACUUCGAGAUCACGGAGGGCAACGUCGCCAUGCUGCGGUGCGCCGCCGAGCACUUGGAGAUGACCGACAACAGCAUGGGCGGGAACCUGGCCGCCAGGACGGAGGCCUACCUGGAGGGCGUGGCGCUGAUGAGCCUCGCGGGCGCGGUCACCGUGCUCCGGAGGUCGGAGGAUCUCCUCCCGGUGUCCGAGGAUGUGGACCUCGUCGGCAGGUGCGUCGACGCCAUCGCGUACAUCACCUGCAGCGACAGCCAGUUCAACAUGUCCAUGGGCAACACCACCAACGGUAACGGCAUGGCCGUGUCGUCGUCCAAGGCCGUCGAUGACUGGUUGGCUGACGAGCUGACGUCGCUGCGGAUUGACACGUUCCAGAGAGUCCUCAUUGCCAUGAAGGCGAGGGGGUUCAAGGGCAUUGCUCUGGGCACGCUCAUCAUGCUCUAUGCUCAGAAGUCGCUGCGAAGACUGGACACACACGGAAGGGAGAAGAAAAAGAUGGACCCGAAGCAGGAACACGAGAAGCGUGUGGUGCUUGAGACCAUCGUGACUCUGCUGCCCAAGGAGAAGAACUCCAUGUCCGUGAGCUUCCUCUCGAUGCUGCUUCGGUCAGCGCUGUACCUGGACACGACCCUGGCGUGCCGGCUCGACUCGAGAAGCGGAUGGCCGCGCAGCUGGGGGCAGGCCGUGCUGGACGACCUCCUGAUCCCGUCCACCUCGCCCGAGGCCGGCACCACGUUCGACGUCGACGCGGUCCAGAGGAUCCUGGUCGGGUACCUGGAGCACGAGGCCGAGGCGGCCCUGCUGGACUACAACACCGACGACGACUUCAUCUCGACGGCGUCGCCGCCCAACGACGUCGGAAUGGUCGGCAAGCUCAUGGAGUCGUACCUGGCCGAGAUCGCGUCGGACGUGAACUUGCCCAUUGACAAGUUCACCGACCUCGCCGAGAUGAUCCCGGAACGCGCCAGGUUUAACGAGGACGGCAUGUACCGUGCCAUCGACAUCUACUUGAAGGCGCAUCCGCAUCUGAGCGAGGCCGAGCGGAAGAAGGUGUGCCGGGUGAUGGACUGCCAGAAGCUGUCGCGCGAGGCGUGCGCGCACGCGGCGCAGAACGAUCGGCUGCCAGUGCAGACGGUGGUGCAGGUUCUCUACCACGAGCAGCGGCGCCUGCGCGAGGCCCCUAAGCACGCGCCGCCGCCGAGCGGCGUGUCGUCGUUCUACGGCGGCGAGUCCCUGGCCCCGUCGCCGACAUACAGGCCGGCGCCGACGCCGAGCCUCCUGGGCCGGCACGCCCGGAGCGUACCGGACGAGGUGUCGGGGCUACAGCGGGAGAACGAGGAGCUCAAGAUGGAGCUGCUGCGGCUGAAGAUGCACCUGAGGGACCCGCCCGCGGCGCUCCCGCAGCCCAGCGGCGCUCCACCGUCGGGGCGCCGCCCGCCGCCGAAGAAGGCCGCAGGCGGCAGCGGAGGGUUCAUGAACAACGUGUCCAAGAAGCUCGGGCGGCUGAACCCGUUCCUGCGGCUUGAUGUCGUGGGCACGGAGCCGCCCAAGGAUCGGAGGCGGAGGCGCUCCAUCGAAUGGUGA